AUGUUUGAUGCGUCUUGGCAUCUUUUAUUUCUAUCUACAGGACAAUAUUGGACGCACAGUUUAUCUGCAGGUGAAUAUCCAGAAUAUCAGUGGAACGAAAGCCACGUUCAACCGGGCAUUCAACCUUAUCUUCCUCAGUUCAUGUUUCCACCACCGCAGGCAUCACAGUUCAGCCAUGAAACAGUCAGAUCAGUAUCACCUCAGCCUGGUCCAAGUUUUUCUUCUUUGGAAACAGCUGCAGCCACGUUCAGUCAGUCGAGUGAAGGCACCGAAGGCGAAUCGAGAGCUCUUGUACGCUGGUCUAGAGCUGAUGUGCUGUUGUUAAUUUCCUGCUAUGUCGAACGCAGAGAACGAUUUAAAGAUAUAAACAAAAAGAACAAGUCCCUGUGGGAAGAAAUCAGCGAAGAAGAAUUAAAGAAGAACGGAGUGUUCUUUAAUGCCAAGGCGUGUGAGACGAAAUUGAAAAAUCUGAAGAGAAGUUAUGUUGCUUGUGUUGAUCACAACAAAGUCAGCGGAAAUGACCGAAAGAAAUGCAACUUCUAUGACGAACUUCACGAAAUAUUUUCGAAAGAUGAUGCCAUCGCUCCAAAAACAUUGUGCAGCAACAUUGAUGGUAAACGGAGCAAAGAUGCAGUCAAGAGUGUUAAAAAUUCCAGUUCCACAUUGAGUUCCACAGGUAGUGACACAGAGGAGCCUGUGGUUACAAAAGCAAAGAAAAAGAAGUUACCAGAGCGGAAGAAAAGAGAAGACCUCGUUGGGCUCUUUUAA